AUGACUAGCAAUAUUCCGGCCGCGCUGCGGUCCGCUGAUAUCGGGCGCUUUGCUAUACGAGCAGCGCAGAUUGAGAAAGCGAAACCCGUCGUUGCCUACUGGUGCCAUUACCAUAUCGUUAAUCAGAUUAUCGAGCGUGGUCUUCACAACUCCGACGAUGAAAUCAAAAACUACACAAUCAACCUUGUCGAGAAGCUGGAGCAGUUCAAAAGCGAAAACUCGGAAAAUGAGACCGUUACGGACAAUGAUGCGGCCAGCGCGUAUGUUGAACAAUUCGGCAUGGAGAUCUUUAAUCGCGCCGAGGCGGCCAUGACCGCCAACAAAGUGACCAAACAAACUGCCGACACUUUUCAAGCUGCAGCAAUCUUUCUGGAGCUUUGUCAGAUCUGGGGGGAGCUGGAACCAGAGAUUGCUGGAAGAAUCAAGUUCGCCAAAUAUCACGCAGUUCGCAUUGUCAAGGCCAUCAGAGCUGGGGAGGAUCCGAAUGCGACAAACCCGGUCCCUAAAGGAGAACAAGAAGAAGAGGUGCAGCCGACUGACCAGGACGUACAAGCAUUUGAUGAGUCGGUGGCAAACCAGGCCACGAAACCUCGACAGCCCUCGGUCGAGGAAAUUCCUGACGAAGCUGACCGUCUAAGUCGUCAGUUGGCUCACCAAUCUACCCUGGAUGAAUCUUUGCAUCCCUCGCGGACAUCUUCCCAGCCGAGAGCAUCUGCUACGACCGAGCCUGAUAUUCCAUCGGUGCCCAGCAACCCGCCGGGCACACCCGCAAAAGCGCGCGACGUUGACCUGUCACACUCUGGUGGACUUGAACUCCCCUCCACGCCGGGGACGAUUGGUGGCAGGACCAGCGACACGGCGCCCUCAAUCGAUCUACCGGACACACCUGGAGCCAGGGAACUCCAUGGAUUUUCUGGGCCGCACCAUUCGAACACUUUUCAGUCCUUCCCUCCCCCUUCUGCAACAAGUCCAUCCAUCGAGGCGCCAAACCCAGCCUCCUUCUAUGAUCCACCAAACAUCAAUGUCAAUAUUCCUCCUCCUGUGACGACUCCGCUGGUUUCAGCGCCCCCUACACGCGCUCCCGCCGCUCCUGCCCCGGCUCCGCCCCCACCCAGUCAGCCUGCUCACUCAGUGGACGAUCACAAUAUCUCGUUGGCUCAAAAGCAUGCACGCUGGGCAGUCUCGGCUCUGACAUUUGAUGAUGUUGACACCGCUAUCAAGGAACUGAAGAACGCGUUGAGAUUCCUUGGUUCCGAAUAA